AUGGAUGGCGGAGACGUUUGUUCGGCCGACGCCCAGGAAAAAACAUCAGACUUUUACGAAACCCAUAACUUACCCGCUCGUUUCGAAUGCCCAGGUUUACAGAACUACGGCAAAACCAGACGAACUCCAACCAAUCCGUUCUACGCUACUACCUACAACGAUUACGGGUACUUUCCGCCCACUGUGCACACGGUGAGGAAAUGUUAUCACGGCAAGCCGCAGAGAUUCGGACAGGAGCAGUUUGUCAGAGGAAUGUACAGAGACAACUCGUUGAACAUGUGA